AGCCAUGAUAUUAUGAAUAAGCCACACAAGUAAGAAAUACAGAUGUGGACUAUAGACCUCCAAAGAAGAAUUGAGCUGGUCGAGGAUAUGUGUCAGAUAUUGGAAAUGUUAAGAGGGACUGGCAACAUCUGAACAUAUCAAACCAAACAGGGAAACGCUUGCUUCAUCCCUACCACCACAUUUUACCACAAAACAAUGUAACUGUAUGUGGAUUCCAAGCAGGCUAAAAAGAAAAAGGAGCUGAUUAGACUUCAGACUGUCUACUGAACGGGAUGACGGCCACGGCUGCAGUGGAGACACAAAAAAUGGAGAAGAAUGCCUCCAAGGAAGAGAAACAACAGUCUAAGCAGGAUAGCAUGGAGAAAAGCAAUGCUGACUCAGAAGAAUGGAUGAACUCUGAAUGUGACCCUGAACAGAUGAUCCUUAAGAGCAGCAACAAUGACAAUAGCUACCAACCUGGGGAUGUUUACUUGAAAAAAAAGGAAAUUCCCUCUAAGCCACACCGUCAGCUCUAUAGAUCACCCUGCUUAGAUCAUCCAAGCUUCUCCCAGAGCAGUAUUCUGCAAGAGGGGAAGCUUGACUUGGAAAAGGAAUACCAAGCCAAGAUGGAUUUUGCUCUAAAGCUGGGCUAUGCAGAGACACAGAUUCAAUCAGUGUUGAACAAGUUGGGCCCAGAAUCACUUAUUAAUGAUGUCUUGGCAGAGCUCGUCAGACUUGGGAACAAAGGUGAUUCAGAAGGACAGGUCAGCUUGAAUCUUUUAGUGCCUCGGGGUCCCAACUCCAGAGAGAUCACAAGUCCUGAACUGUUUCUUGAAGAUGAAAUAGACAGCAGUGAAAAUUUGAGGCCAGUUGUCAUAGAUGGAAGUAAUGUAGCAAUGAGCCAUGGGAAUAAAGAAGAGUUCUCCUGUAGAGGAAUACAACUUGCUGUGGACUGGUUUCUAGACAAAGGCCAUAAAGAUAUUACUGUAUUUGUGCCUGCGUGGAGAAAAGAGCAAUCCCGCCCUGAUGCACCAAUUACAGAUCAAGAUAUCCUACGCAAACUGGAGAAAGAAAAGAUUCUUGUCUUCACACCAUCCCGAAGGGUCCAGGGCAGGAGAGUUGUCUGUUAUGAUGACCGGUUCAUAGUCAAAUUGGCUUUCGAUUCUGAUGGCAUCAUUGUAUCUAAUGAUAACUACCGAGACCUUCAAGUUGAAAAGCCAGAAUGGAAGAAGUUUAUAGAGGAGCGGUUGCUGAUGUAUUCUUUUGUGAAUGACAAAUUUAUGCCUCCAGAUGAUCCUUUAGGACGCCAUGGCCCAAAUCUUGAAAAUUUCUUGAGAAAGAGACCUGUUGUUCCGGAGCAUAAGAAGCAACCAUGCCCUUAUGGCAAAAAAUGCACCUAUGGCCACAAGUGCAAAUACUACCAUCCGGAGCGGGCCAACCAACCACAGCGUUCGGUGGCUGAUGAGCUCCGCAUCAGUGCCAAACUGUCCACAGUGAAAACCGUGAGUGAAGGCACCCUGGGCAAGUGCGGCACAGGGAUAUCUAGUGCCAAAGGUGAGACAACCUCAGAAGUCAAAUGUGUGGCCCCCAAGCGCCAAUCAGAUCCCAGCAUCCGGUCCAUGGCUGUGGAGCCUGAGGAAUGGGUGUCCAUUGCCCGUAAGCCUGAGGCCAGCUCUGUCCCCUCACUUGUGACUGCCCUAAGUGUCCCCACAAUCCCACCCCCCAAAAGCCAUGCAGUGAGUGCACUCAACACCCGUUCAGCCAGCAGCCCAGUGCCAGGAUCCUCUCAUUUUCCCCACCAGAAGGCCUCACUGGAGCACAUGGCCAGCAUGCAGUACCCCCCGAUCCUGGUUACCAACAGCCAUGGGACCCCUAUUAGCUAUGCUGACCAGUAUUCUAAGUUUGAGUCCUUGGGGGACCAUGGCUACUAUUCAGUGUUAGGCGACUUCUCCAAACUGAACAUCAAUAGCAUGCAUAAUCGAGAGUACUACAUGGCUGAAGCAGACCGAGGGGUAUAUGCCCGAAAUCCCAGCCUCUGUCCUGACAACCGUAUGAGCCAUACCAGGAAUGACAACUAUUCCUCUUACAACAAUCUAUACUUGGCUGUAGCUGAUAGUCAUCCUGAAGGCAGUUUGAAGCUGCAUCGCUCCGCAUCUCAGAACCGUCUUCAGCCUUUUCCUCAUGGUUACCAUGACGCCUUAACGCGAGCACAGAGCUAUGGCCCAGAGGAUUCUAAACAAGCCCCCCACAAGCAGUCAGUUUCCCACUUAGUUUUGCAAACCCAGCACCCAGCAACUGGAGCCUGCUCCAGCUGUCCUGGAGACUACCCUAUGCCUCCCAAUAUCCAUCCUGGGGCAACCCCUCAGCCAGGACGUGCCCUUGUAAUGACUCGGAUGGACAGCAUUUCUGACUCCCGCCUCUAUGAGAGCAACCCCAUGAGGCAAAGACGACCUCCUCUGUGCCGGGAACAACAUGCCAGCUGGGAUCCAUUGCCCUGUGUAACUGAUUCCUAUGGCUACCACUCCUAUCCCUUGAGUAACAACCUCAUGCAACCAUGCUAUGAGCCAGUCAUGGUACGGAGCGUGCCUGAAAAAAUGGAACAGCUUUGGAGGAAUCCUUGGGUUGGAAUGUGCAAUGAUAACAGGGAGCAUAUGAUCCCAGAGCACCAGUAUCAGACUUAUAAGAACCUCUGCAAUAUUUUCCCUUCAAACAUUGUUCUUGCAGUGAUGGAGAAGAAUCCCCACACAGCAGAUGCCCAACAACUGGCAGCUUUGAUUGUUUCUAAGCUUAGGGCUGCUCGUUGA